AUGGUGCUCAUGCCGAUGAACGAGUCAGCCCUCAUGAGCAGCAUCAGUCAGGGCAUCGAACCUGCUGUCCAGCUCGCCAUCAAGCACAUACGAGAGUCUGGGAAGUACUCGUUCUCACUCAUCACAAAGAUCUACGACACCGAGGCAGACCCCCAGGGUCGGGACAUCGCCAUCCGGCCCUUCUUGGAGCACUGUGAGAACACACACAUGACCAUCUGGCUGGGCAUCGUCUACGCAUACAAAGGCCUGCUUAUGCUGUUUGGCUGUUUCCUGGCCUGGGAGACGAGGAACGUGAGCAUCCCUGCACUCAACGACAGCAAGUACAUCGGGAUGAGCGUCUACAAUGUGGGCAUCAUGUGCAUCAUUGGCGCUGCCGUGUCCUUCCUGACGCGAGACCAGCCCAACGUCCAGUUCUGCAUCGUGGCCCUCGUCAUCAUCUUCUGCUCCACCAUCACCCUCUGUCUGGUCUUCGUACCCAAGUUCAUCACUAUGAGGACCAAUCCAGAUGCAGCCACUCAGAACCGAAGGUUGAAGUUCACCCAAAACCAGAAGAAGGAGGACUCCAAGACAUCCACAUCUGUGACCAGCGUGAACCAGGCCAACACCUCUCGCCUCGACGGCCUGCAGACUGACAACCACCGCCUACGCAUGAAGAUCACAGAGCUGGACAAGGAGUUGGAGGAGGUGACCAUGCAGCUGCAGGACACACCAGAGAAGACCCCCUACAUCAAGCAGAACCACUAUCAGGACGCCAACAACAUCCUCAGUAUACGCAACUUCACCGAUGGCAAAGAGGGGGAAAAGUCCGUGCUGAAGAACCACCUGGAACAGAAGCCCCAGGCUCAGUGGGGCUCUGUGGAUCCUUCUAGAAUAAACAGGGGCACCUUGGAGGAUAUCAACUCCCCAGAACACAUACAGCGCCGCCUCUCCUUGCAGCUGCCCAUCCUACACCACGCCUACCUGCCCUCCAUAGGGGGGGUGGACGCCAGCUGUACCAGCCCCAGUGCCAGUCCCGGCUCCAGCCCGCGCCACAGACACAUGCCCCCCUCCUAUCGGGUCAUGGUCUCCGGCCUGUGAGCGCUCAGCGGCCCUCCCGCCCGUCCGCACCCGCCCGCCACCCUCCCGACACCCCCGACUCCUCCGAGAAGAGGAGGGCAACGGAACACACAUGGUUGUUUUCUUUUUUUAAAUGUAAAUCGAACAAAGACAGGUUUUAGGCUGAGGUUGUCAGUGCUACUGGAGGUAGUGUGUUGGAUAGAGUCAAUUCAAGAUGAUCCCUCCCCUGCCCCCUGCCCCCCCACAUCCUCCUCCAGAGCUGAACUCCUAGGCUCAGGCCC